AAUAGCAGGCCCUGGUCUGGAAAUAAUAAAGUUGUUCCAUACAGAUUUGCCGCUGGCUUCAGAGCAGAUUGGCAACCAAAAGUGAGAGCAGCAAUCAACGAAUGGCAGCAAAAAACGUGUCUGACAUUCCGCCCAGCAUAUCCUGGAGACCAGCAUGUAAUUGAAUUCUACCAUGGAACAGGAUGCAAUUCUCCCGUGGGAAUGAACAGAGUAAACAGAAUAUCUUUGGAGUAUCCAGGAUGUGGCAGUCACUACACAAUUUUGCAUGAGAUUGGACAUUCCCUUGGUAUGGGACAUGAGCACCAGCACCCAGACCAGGCUCAAUACAUGACCAUAUUAUACCAGAACAUUGAGGAAAAGUGGAAGCAAUGGUACAGACCAAUGCCCCGCAGCAAUGUGGACACCAAAGGUUUCUCCUACGACCCAUACUCUGUUAUGCACUACCAUCCAGGACCCUCAAACAGACCAUUCAUUAAGAUGAGAGACCCAAGACUACAAAGUAUUGUUGGUCAGGUUAAGUCUCUCUCAGCUGGAGAUGCAAACUUUGUCAACAAAGGAAAUGGGUGCCAGGGCACGGGAGGUGGCACUGGUCCAAGAAUAACAACUCCCAGGCCAAGAGUAACAACUCCCAGACCAAGAGUAACAACUCAACGACCAGUGACUGGUGCUUGUAAUGGUGCAAUGGGAAGGCAAUCUGGCAAUGGACAACAAGUUACACAGAACUGGAUCAACAAGACAUGGCGUCAAGUCAGGUUGAUGUGGGUGGACUACAAUGGGAACACCAAUGGUGGUUGGCUGAUCCAGCCAUUACAAUCUACUGGCCUUAUGACAAACACACAGCAUCCAUUUGUGGCAAGAAUUGAAGGAGGCCAAUGGUUGAAGAUUAAUGGCCAGUGUGUGCAUUAUCCAAAUGGAGGAUAUGCUAGCAUAGAUUUCUAAUUUAUUUUUUAAGGAAGGAAAGCACAUGUACAUGUAUUUUGAAAUAAAGAUGAUAGAUGAAUUAUAAUGUA